UGUUAAAAGCCAUAAAAAACAGUGUGGGAACUGGACUGGAAGAAAUAUAUCAGCAACACUGGUGCACAAAGAAGUAAGGUGAGGAGACCGAAGAAUUAUUUCAGAGAAUAUGGAAAGCUGCCUUAUACUAAGUUCACCUUCUUCAGUAAUGCCUGUACAGGGCCGUGGUCCACUGAAGAAAAACUCUCACCAGUCCUAGCCAGCAUGACCAAUACUUAAGGAUGAAAGGAGGCGGAGUUCAGCAAUAUCUGAAGGGCCAUAAAUUCUGCACCGGCAUGUGUUUUGCCACUGAGCUACAACACUCCUUGACAUAUAUUCCAUCCUAUGUUAUAGAUGAAUGGGGGUGUACAUAAAUAGGAGUGUUCCUGGCACAUCUAGCUUGGCCCCCAGCUGAGGGAAAUUGCAACUAUUCCGCCACUGAUGGCUAUCAUGGCAGUCUUAGCACCUCCCAGAAGAUCUCUCACCACCACCACUCCUAAACAAGCCCAUUCUAUAGUCUGAAAAACCACUAAUUUAAUGUCAGCUGAAGAAAUCAAAUAGGGAGAGUAGACAGGCAUAAUAAAAAAAGAAAAGAAAAUGGUCAUAUUAUAAAUUCCACAACGCUCCAGAUGUUAAGGCAAGCUUUGUCGGUGACAGCUGUCACAAUUACAGUGAUUUCAGACAAUUACCUUCACUCCAGAUAAAUAUAAAACAGCCAAAUACAUGUUUUGGCUUUGAUGUGAAGUCAGACAGAACCAUUGAUAAAUUGUUGCUCACAACCGCAUGGCUAAGGGGUGAAUAACAAACUAAUUCUAAUAUUUCUUUCCUUUAUGUUGCAAAGAGACUGAGUUACUUUUGAAGCUCUGAACAGAACUCAGCUUCUGCCCCUAGAGAUAAGAAAUGUGCUGGAUACAAUUUUAUGAAGCUUAGUGAAACUUCUAAAGGGAAGAUCUCUGCACCUAGAUUCCUCAGUAACUGGCAUAUUAAAAUUCCACAGAUAAGAUGCGUCCCCAUAGCCUUAUUGCAGACCACUAUGCUAUCUCUUAUUCAAAGCUGACACAAGGAAGCAAACAUCCUUUCUUGCUGAAGAACAUUUCCAUAAGAUAUUGGGUAGGAUCAGGGCUUUCUUUCAACCACAGUUCAGCUCCAGCACCUCUCAGGUGGGUGCCAUUGAGAACAAGAGAGAAAUUUCAUGGUGAACUCCAGCACCUCUUUUUCUAGAAAAAUAGCAACUGGUAGGAUCCAACUGGUCCCCUUGCACUCACAAUAUGGUUUUUGAACCAACAGAGGUACACACUUCUGCAACAGGAGGGAAGGCAGUUUUGCUAAUUUCCCCUCACCACCAUCAACACACUCCUGGAAGUCAGCCUUAGAGACGUGGGGAAUUUCUCCAGUACAGGGGGAAAGCAGCAAAAAUCCACCCCCCUUCUAUUAGACACAGACCAUCGGGACUUGCACUGUUCCAUCCACUCCAUGGGAUCAGCUGAUUGUUGGUGCUUGCAAAAUGCUACAACCCUGCUUUGGCUCCACCACACUUUAACCUUCCUUGAACCUGAUAUCAUAUAUGAGAUCAGGUGCAAGGCAAGUGGGCAUGGCUUGGCCAAAGUUGCCAAAUGGAGAAGGUCUGGAGAGCCUAAUGAAGUUUAUGGGCUACAGGUUCCCUACCAUUUCAUUAGCAGAUUCCUCCACUGAAUCAAAAGCCCUUCCAUGAGUAAAGAGACACCAGCUGGAUCCUGCCAUUAUUAACUUAGCAGGUAGCAUUCAUUGCCUAGUACAUUAAUUGUCUAUUAGGUAUACAGUGGUACCUCGGGUUACAUACGCUUCAGGUUACAUACGCUUCAAGUUACAGACUCCGCUAACACAGAAAUAGUACCUUGGGUUAAGAACUUUGCUUCAGGAUGAGAACAGAAAUCGGGCAGCGGCGGCAGCGGGAGGCCCCAUUAGCAAAAGUGGUACCUCAGGUUAAGAACAGUUUCAGGUUAAGAACGGACCUCCAGAACGAAUUAAGUUCUUAACCCGAGGUACCACUGUAGAAGAGAAAACUAGAAGACUCAGGCCUAGUCUAACAUUUACCUGCUAUGCUCCAAAGAGAGCCUGUUCCUCGUUUUUGCUUCCCCAGUGGGUGAGUUGAUGUUACGGCAUUAGGAUCUCACCUAGCAUGUUUCAGACUUGUGCCCAGUUGCACUGGCCCCUUUAAAAACUACUACUAUGGGGCAAACCGCAUUGGGGACAUAUAACUGUUCCUAUCUGAAGGUGUUGUUUCACAGAAAUGACACCUCAACCAUGUUUCAAUAGGGCCACUGUUAGUAUGCUUGGGGAAAAACACUGCAGAAGCAUAGGAUUGGGUCAUUCUUCUGAAUACUUCCAUGCCAGUAGGAAGGUCAUGGCCAGCUAGGACAUUAUAAACAGCACCUCCAGCUGGGUGGAGGUGCUGUUUAUAAUGUUAUGAGUGUGUGAGAGCUAUGCUCCUCUAAAUUCUUAACAACCAAGGAGGUCUGUAGAAAAGGAGGUGCUCUCUUAGAUAUUUGGAGCUUCAGUUGUUUAGGUCUUUAAAUACUAGCAUGAACACCUGAAACUAGCCCCCUUUGAGCCGUCUUGAAGGGCAGCCCCAUGUGGAGCACAUUGCAGUUCUCCAACUCCUCAAAAGAUUCCAUCAACGGUGUCUCCAAAAAUUUUUACAAAUUAAUUUGCCUGUCUUCCCAAGUGACAUCAGUGUAGUGGAAGAAACAAUUAUCAACAGUGUUGAAGCAAUGAUUCUUCAACAUCAACGUCAUUGGACUGGUCAUGUUGUGUGCCUUCCUCUUAGCACGUUUCUCCCUUGCGUCCCGAGUUCAAAUGUCUUCAAUUCCAUGACACCUUUGGUAAGGGCUCUUCUCCAGUUGGAGCACUCACAGGCCAGUGUUUCCCAGUUCUCAGUGUUUAUACUACAUUUUUUAAAGAUUUGCCUUGAGACAGUCUUUAAACCUCUUUUGUUGACCACCAGAUCAACUCCUGCCCAGAAAUCAAUGUCCCCACUGUGGAAGGACAUGUGGAUCCAGAAUAGGCCUCCACAGUCACUUACAGACUCAUUGUUAAAAACGUGUUUAUGGAAGACAAUCUUACUCGGCUAUGAGUGAUUGCCAAAGAAGACGACAAAGAAUCAGUACAAAUAACAAUGGGGAGGUCUCAUAUACUUCUGAAGGUCACUAGCUAUUUGAACAUAAUAAAAUAAAAGCUCUGUUUGAAGAGUUGUGUUUUAGCAUACACCAAUAUAGUCUAUGUGAAGACUUUAGGAAAAAAGCCAUUAUUUACCUAAUAGGCCAUCAUGAUUCCUUCAUAACUGUUAUGUUACAUUAUAUAUAAUUUCUUCUGUCUUCAUGGAACAUUGAUAUGAUAAAUCCACUCCCUGCUCAUUUUCCUGCAGGCUCACAUCUUCCAUUAUCAGUAAUGAGAGUUACCCACACAUGCCGUGAAGGGAAUAUCUAUCUCAUGUCAGAUGUUGUGCUGCCUCCCCACCCCAAAAACCUCAUGCGCUUAAAAAUAAAAACUUUUGUCACAAAAAUAGUCGAGAGGUUCAUUUGGGAGAUAACGUAGCCAUGAUGAAUACUGUGCAAACAGUACAUUGAUGUUGGACAAGAUGAUUACCGUAUUUUUCGCCCUAUAGGACGCACUUUUUCCCCUCCAAAAAUGAAGGGGAAAUGUGUGUGCAUCCUAUGGGGCGAAUGCAGGCUUUCGCUGAAGCCUGGAGAGCAAGAGGCGUCGGUGCGCACCAACACCUCUCGCUCUCCAGGCUCCACGAAGCUACCCGCAAGCCUUGCGCACCCGGGGGGAGUUCCCCUGGGCGCGCAAGGCUUGCGGGCGGCAGCCUGUAGCGCGGAGCAUGGGGCGCCCUCCGGAGGACGCCCCGUGCUUCGCGCAGGUGUCCACAGCCUGCCGCCCAGCGCGUGGGGCGCCCUGAAGCAGAGCGCCCCUCGCGCCGGGCAGACAUCAGCCAGCCCCACAAGCUCAGGGGACAGCGGGGAGGCGCAGUGCCGCCAUCCCACUGUUCCCCGACCUGGUUUUGGGGGGGGGGAAAUAAAGGGAAAAUUUUUUUUCUUUAUUUCCCCCCCAAAAAAGUAGGUGCGUCCUAUGGGACGGAGCGUCUUAUGGGACGAAAAAUACGGUAAUUUGAAUUUAGGGACACAGGUAGAUGGGAAGCUCUCUUAUACAAUUGUCUACAAUGCCUACAUUGACAGGCAGCAGCUCCCUAGGGUUUCAGACAGGGAUCUCAUCCAGUCCUAUGUGGAGAUGCUGGGGUUUUAACCUGCAACCUUCUGCCUGUCCUCUCCCACCGACCUCAACUUCAUAGCUGGUUUUGCCAAACUCGUGCCCUCCACUUGUGUUGAACUGCAACUUCCAUCAGGCCUAGCCAUCAUGGAACUUUAUAGGUUCCUGCCUUCAUCAUUGCUAUAUACCUUUUACUAAAUCAAAAGUACAGUACUAUCAGUAAAACAAGACAGCUAAUAUUUAGUCAUUAUUCUUCAUCCUCAGAUGGUAAGAAUGGCAAUGUGACAUUUGCUGGUAACUUUUAUAAACCCACUGUUUUUUAUUUUAAAAAAAAUCUCUUUCCCACUCCCAAUUAUUGGAAAAAUUUCAGUGCUCUUCUCCCCAUAGGAGACUAUUUGAGGAAAUUGCCUUCAGCUUGGCUGCCCACAGACAGAGUGAAGAAUAUGGAGUGUGACUAUGGAUGCAGUUUUAAUAUUGUUUAAUAAUAUUUUCAUAUAGUUGGAAGGAAUAAAUGGGUUUGCUUCCUCCUACCAGUUCUCUUGUCUUGGUUUAAUUAUUUAUUUCUGUUGAUCAGUUGUGUCAUAAUACAGGUUCUCUAGAUGGCUAAUAUGAACUUACAAUAUUAGUCUCAUACAGUAUUAACUGAGCCUAAAUUUACCAGCAGAGAACUUUCUGGACAUUUCCUCCUCUUCACAAAUCUCCUUCGCAACCUGUUGGAAAUUCUUGUCCCCUCAGAGGAUAUUUUGUGAAACGCUUCCCCAGAUAUUACCACUUGCAAAAUUUUAUAUAGCCUCUCUCUCAACACAUUGCUUAGGUAAAGGUAAAGGGACCCCUGAACGUUAGGUCCAGUCGUAGACGACUCUGGGGUUGCAGCGCUCAUCUUUGCUUUACUGGCUAAGGGAGCUUCCGGGUCAUGUGGCCAGCAUGACUAAGCCACUUCUGGCAAACCAGAGAUAGCGCACGGAAACGCCGUUUACCUUCCCGCCAGAGCAGUACCUAUUUACCUACUUGCACUUUGUGCGUUCGAACUGCUAGGUUGGCAGGAGCAGGGACCGAACAACGGGAACUAACCCCGUCACGGGGAUUCAAACUGCCGACCUUCUGAUCAGCAAGCCCUAGGCUCUGUGGUUUAACCCUUAGUGCCACCCGCGUCCCUUUAGCCCUAAAGGUUACAUGGAACUAUAUCAAACCAUAAUGGAAGAAGCAAUCCAAAAUAAUACCCAUCAAAGUCAUCACAGUCUAAUGGCCACAAUCUCUGGAAAAUGUCAUAUUGGAUGAUCAAAACAAUGGCUCCUACAUUGCCUACAGCAACAUGUGAGACUGCUUCUACCCAUUCACCGCAACACCUGAAGGAAGCCAAAACUGGAUAAGAAUGGAGACAUGGUUUCUUCCCAAACCAGCACAGAGUUUAAAUAGAAGUGAUGCUGAUGCAGGAACUAACAAUAACACCAGCCCUGUCCCUCAAACAUGGCCACUAGCAUACAGCAGGAGACCAGUGGCUCUAGAGAAUCUUCCCACCCCUUUACCUAUAAGAGUUAGCUAUCUGUAGGUGCAUGGGCAUCCCUGAAAACAGUGGGGAGGGUGAGCAGGGAAGAUGCAGUGGCAAUGGAGAAACUGGAAGAGGUGUGGUGUCAUCAGCAGAGGAUGAAGAUUAGCAUCAAAGACUCUAUGCAAGGCCACCAGCGGGUACUUAACUGUGCUUACUCGGUGCUGCCAGGCCUGAGUUCUUGGAUGGGGUGCACAAAUGAAAGACAGUGGAUUCAAGCCUCAGGUGACAUCUUGGAAUGGGUCAUGUGGAGUGGAGACUGUUUUAAUCAGAAGGAAGGGAAAUAAAGCAUGAAGUUCCUGGAGCUGACUCACCAGCUGCUAUAGAAUCAGAAUUGUAGAGUUGGAAGGGACCACAAGAGUCAUUCCUGCAAUGCAGGAAUCUUUGCCCAACAUGGGGCUCAAACCCAGGGCCCUGAGAUUAAGAGUCUCAUGCUCUACUGAAUGAGCUUUCAAGGGCCUCACCCAAUACAUUCAGUAUGUGUGUGAAGGAAUAUUUUAAGUCUGUAUAACCAGCACUGCUUAAAGCUUUGUGUGCCAUAGGAGAGACAGAGAGAUUUUCUCGGAUCAUAUAUGGAGAUGAAGCCUUCAACAUAUCUCCCACAAAACUGAAUGUGAGGCAAUAUAAAAAAAUUCCAAUGCUUGUUUGACCCUCAGACUAGUUAUCCAUGUUGAUUAAUAAUACAUGGGCGAUGUUAUUGUGCAUGUUGCUAAAACAGUGGAUCACAGAACACCAGUUUAGCAUGCACUGCUCUUUGAGAAAGUUUGUCAACAAUACUUUACACACACACCACACACCAUUUGCCUGCAUUAUGUGGUCAGAAUACUGAACUUUUAUCCCAAAGCAGGGAUAAGUAGAAGCUGAGCUUGGCUUCUGGCAGCACAAUUAAUUUGUGGUUAUCUAAAUUAGAACUGGUGGAUCUGUGUCCCACAAGGGCUUAAGCAGCUUCAAAAGGGGGAAUUGACUUUGAUGUGCUCAGCAUACCAGAUUGAAUCUGGGCUUCAAUUUAAGAGACAUUUUACAUGUCAUUCAUUCACAAGUCACCCAUCUCAACACAGAUGCUUCCCUCAUUGGUCCAUUAGCUAGCUACAAGUCUAAUGAUAAAGCUGCACAAUCUGUCUAAUUUCUGUUCCUUCUGAAUUAAGAUAUGGUAGAAGUGUAAUACCAGUUCAUUAUUUCUAAAAGUCAUAUUAAAUUCCCCCUUGUCUACAUUUGGGCCAUUUUAACUAUUGAAAGAUAUCCUAGCAAUUAGAUCACGAUACAGUUGGGGAAGUUUUUCUUUGUCUUUCUUCUUUCUGCCUUUCAGCAAAACAUUUCUUUCUGAUAAUAUUAGUUAGAUCAAAAAUAAUAAUAAAGGGAUUCGCUUACCCUAUAUAAUAUCAAGAGCCAGCCCUUGGUAUUGUAAAUCAAAGUUGUUUGAGGGUGAAAAUUAAAGGAUUGUCGUUAAUAUAUGGAACCACACUUCAUUGAAUUACAUUCAUUAUAUUUCACAUCUAAAAUAGAAAGGAUUUAUCUUCCAUGAUUAGUGACCCAUUAUUCGAGGCUAAAAAUAUUCAGCAUUUGCCAAGAAUGACACUAGAUUGUAAAAGAUAUUUUAGCAAAAACUCCUGGAUGCAUGCAGGUGGAGCAAGGUCAGCCAUAUAGAACAGCCACUUGACACAUGCCAAUCAUGGUGCAAGGAAAAACACAAAAUAGGUGAUGUAACUGAGGAUUGUGUCAAUGUAAAGUUUAACUUUCAUAAUUUAAAAGUCUGAUGCUGAAACAUAGCACACACUGGGAAAUAUGCUAAGAUAUUGGUUUCUCCCUAGAUAUUGCAAGCUUAGCAGAUCAUCACAAAACACAGAUAGAGUAAGGAUACCUAUUAUGCUUUGGGACUCCACAGUAGGAAAUUUUAAUAUUCCUUUUUUUGCAGUUCCUUUCCACAACAAAUUAAUCACGAUGUAGUUAAUGCAUGAUUUCCAAAACAAAAUGCACAAUUUGGUCCGUAUUUCAUCUACUGCUUUGUAAGAGUAUGAAGUCCCAGAAUUUGCAAGCACCGUAGUAAGUAAUAUGGAUACUUCCUCAUUGACAUUUCUCAUUUGACAUUUCUAAUAUUAGCCUCAGCUGUGGAUUGAUAUGCUCCAAAACAGUCAGGAUUCCCCAGGGCAAUGCCCUGUGCCAAUAUUCUGGUUCCCCUGAAAGCACUGCCAUGUUAACACCAGAACAAUAUACAUUGGCUUCACUCUACAAGCAGUGAUGCUUGGAAGCUUCUGAUACCUUGGGCUUAAGUUGGCCACAGUGAUCCAUGCGACGGUCAUCUCCAGGCUUGACUACUGUAAUUCGCUCUACGCGGGGCUGCCCUUGAAGCUGUCCCAGAAACUCCAGUGGGUGCAGAAUGUUGCAACGAGGCUCCUCACGGGGUCUCUGCCAUGGGAGCAUAUUCACUCAGUGCUUUUCCUGCUGCACUGGCUCCCGGUGGAGUACAGGGUCAGAUUUAAGGUGCUGGUUUUGACCUUUAAAGCCCUUCAUGGCCUAGGACCCUCGUACCUACAGGACCACCUCUCCCAGUAUGCCCCACGGAGAGCCUCAAGGUCCAUAAAUAGCAACACCCUAGUGGUCCCGGGCCCUAAGGAAGUUAGAUUAGCUUCAACCAGAGCCAGGGCUUUUCAACUCUGGCUCUGGCCUGGUGGAACGCUCUGCCUCAUGAGACCAGGGCCCUGCAGGAUCUGAUUUCUUUCCGCAGGGCCUGUAAGACAGAGUUGUUCCACCUGGCCUUUGGCUUGGAGCCAAUUUGAUUCCCUCCCCCUCUUUCUUUUUUCUUUUUCCUUUCUCCUCCUGUGAUGAGCCUGCAUUUUAAUAUUUUAAUGUUUCAAUAUUUUAAUGUUGUAUUUUAAUCUUGUUUUUAAGUUGUAUUCAUUCAACUUGUUUUUAUUAUUGCUUGUUAGCCAUCCUGAGCCCGGUCUUGGCUGGGGAGGGCAGGGUAUAAAUAAGUAAUAAUAAUAAUAAUAAUAAUAAUAAUAAUAAUAAUCUGACCCAAUGAAAAUCCAGGCUGCUGCAGUUCCAAUGGUGCACAAAUGAAACUGGGUAUUUCUGCUGGGAGGUAGAAGCGGAGACAUUCAUACUGCACCAUACCUGGGACAGUCUAGCACUAUCUGAAAUGGGAGGUUGCCAGAGAAUCUAAAAAGGAGAGAAGUAGUGUGAAGGGAGCUAUACUCCAUCUUGCUCCACCCAAGUUCCAUAAUGCCAAACUGCAAGACAGUCAUGGAGGGGAAACAGGUUCCCGAUUCAUCAGAACCAGGAAACAUCUGGCCGCAAAUAAAAUUACUUUUCUCUUUUAGGAGGAUUAAAAUGCACUACUUUGAAUUCCACCCUUUUAAGUUCUUUCCGUUUAGCAGAGACUUUUCAUUCCCUGAGCUACAAAAAUAUAGUGUGAAUGUCAUUCUUGUCUGAAAUGAGAAAAGGCUCCAAUGCAGUUCAUAACGAGCAGGAACUCAUCUCAAGGGGAAAAAGACUGUCAUAAAUGGUGUUAAACUGCGAGAGACUGAAUAGAAAAUCCACGGACUAAAAGGCACAUGAAAACUGAUCUAGAUGAUCAUCUGAGUAACGACCUUGCUGCUUACAAGAUCACCGACUUGCAGUAUUCAACAUGAACAACAAAAGGAAGUAAAGAGGGAGGAGGAGGAGAAAUGUGUCAAUAUUUUCUUUGUAAUAAAGUUGUUCGGUUGCUUUCAGUACUCUGCCAGUAUUUUCACUGAAGCUAUAAGCCAGCAGGAAUUGAAACAGAUCAAUACCAGAUCAACAUCCUUUUCACUCUGGUUUUUUUGCUCUCUGAGAUAGCUGCUAGCCUCCAUGGCAUUUGAGUAGCGCAACAGGCUGCAUUCACCUCAAGGUAGAACAUCACCAGUUCUCUCUCUCUCUCUCUCUCUCUGUGUGUGUGUGUGUGAGUGAGUGAGAGAGAAAAGAGGAGAGGAGAGGAGAGGAGAGGAGAGGAGAGGAGAGGAGAGGAAAGGAAGAGAGAGAAUGGUAAAGUCAUUCAAAAGAAUGGCACUUUCAAAUGUGACCUAUUUUUCAUUAUAGAUUGUCACUUGCCCUAUGUUCUGUCGUGAUUAAUACAAUCUUAAGGGUGCCUUUGUCCUGAAUUUGCAUGCAAAUAAUAUUGUUCUGACCUCUCUGUAAUUGCUAUCCAUGAAGCAUGCUAACAAGGAAGGCAUAGGUGGCUACAGAUGGCAGCACCAUGGACAGUUCCUAUUGAGCAGCUUGGUCCAAGGUAGGCUAUAACUCUUAUGAGAGCUAUGACACCCUGCCUCCAGACUACCCCUCUUAAGUUCCAUCCCCUUACUUGAAGAACGUAGCAUUCCUCAGUGUCAAAAUCAUGGCUCGAAGACCAGUGUUUAUUCUUUCUCCGGCCUCUUGCCCAGUAAGAACACUGGAGCAUAUAGUAGUGCAGGAGGCAGCAAUUAAGGUCCUGGCUCUGGGAGCUCUCUUUAUGCAGGCCCCUGCAAGUCAGAAUAUAAGUGCCCAAAGUAGGGAUAAGCAGCUCUGGCUCAUUUAAAUCCACCUAACCCACAGGAACAACGAGCUGCCUUGUCCUGGCAAACAAUGCCAGGUAUAAAAACUGGAAAUCCAAUGUGCGUAUAAAAACUGGAAAUACUUGUUUCCCUGCAUACGAGCACCCCUGAUAAGGUAUGCUUCAAGAUGGGAAGGCACAAAUGGGUCCAAAUUACACUUGCCUUCCUGCCAAUGUGUCUCACCCAAAUAUGAUAGAUUACACCCCCAUUUAUCUGGUUUUAGUGGUAAUGCAGAAAUAGAUUAUGCAUUUCUUUAACUUAUUUAUUGGUAAAAUUUAUAUCCCACCUCUCAUCUGUUAGGCGUCAUUCUGCAAAGAAACAGAAAAGAUUAUUGUAGCUUUAAGAACAUUUUCUGUGAGUUCUGGGUGUGGUUUUCUAGGCUGAUUAGACACAGCUGGUGAUGUGUAUAAAAGAAAAGAAGUCACAGUUUGAAUUUUGCCUGCAGAGAGAGAACACCCACGUGCUUUGUGUUUGUUGUUUUUGCGUACACCAGAAGAAAAACCGUCUCCAACAUCAUCAUGAGCAAUAUCAGGACAAGAGUAUAUUAUAUAAAAAAUAUUCCCCCCCCCCCAGAUUUCUAUACCACUUGAUUGUAAUAAAACCCAAGAACAUUUUACCAAAGAGAGAGAGAGAGAAUGCAAAAUAUGCAAUAAAAUAAAUCAAUAAAACUAUCUCAAAACUAGGUGGUUGGUUUUUUUAGUGAAGUAGGGUAAUGUGAGUUUCUUGCAACUCUUAAACAUGAGGUCAAUGCAGCAAGAGCAUAAAAUCCCCCCAUUGUGUACUCUCAAUUUUGGAGGGUAUCUAGUGGCCUGAUUUAAUGUUUUCUUUUGAUUGGAAAGGGUGUGUAAACACACACAAUCAAUGACUCCUAUACCAGUAUAUUGUGCUUAUGAACAACUAGAGGAUUGCCCUUUGUCCUGAAAUGCAGUACAAGUAGAAUAUACAAGUCCUGACCAAACAGCAUUUAUAUUUCACAAUGGAAGCAUCCAAAUGUGUGAGAAGAGUAAACAUCUCAUCCUAAUUACCUAAGUUAAUGUUCACAAGAUGGUGUCCAAUCAGGGGUGGGAAAGCUUUGGCAGAAAUUGUCCACAUACUAUCUGCCUUUGUAAUCCAAACUUUGUUUCCUUCUUUGUCAAUCUUGUAAGUUUUCUUGAACUUUGCACUUUUGAAAUUCUAGCUAAUGGCCAUUUUCAGUGCUGUAUCUCAUGAAAUACUUGUCCUAAAGACUUUCCCAUACAACUGACUAGGGACUGCAUGUCAGAAGCCUGAGGUAUAUAUAAACUACUAACUUUAUCGAUUUUUUGUUGUUGUACAUCAGUGCUCAUACAGGGUUAUUCUCCUAAACCCUGGCCAGCAUGCACAGGGCUUAGCAAAUACUAGAGAUGGCUUAUCAGGAAAAUUAUUUUUGUAUGCUCUAAAAAGGAAAAUACGCCAUUGAGGGAAUGUCUUCAGUACAAGAUCUAUUCCUACUAAGUGACCUAAACAUCUGUUUUUGCUAUUCUGAUAUAAUGCUGCAAGGCCAUUUUCACAAAGAAAUUGAAAUGCCAAGUGUGUAAUUUUAUAUAAUUAUCAGUCAGAAAUGUUGAGCCUUAUGUUUGGUAAUAUGUAAUAUAGCAGGGUUUAGAGUAUAAAUCUUAACUAUUAAAGUAGGUCCCUCUGCAGGAUCACUUUGAAACAUUUUUAUUAUUUAAAAUAGCAUUUCUAGACCACUGUUCAGACUAGGGUCUGCAAAAUUUAUUGUUUAUGAUUUAAAAUAGCAUUUCUAUUUAUUAUUUAAAAUUAUUUAAAAUAGCAUUUAUUAUUUAAAAUAGCAUUUCUAGACCACUUUUCAGCCUUCAGUUAGGGUCUGCAAAAUGACUUACAAUGCACCAAAACAAUAAAAUCAUCAAACAUUAUAAGCAAAAUGUGAAAGAUUAGGAAGAUAUAAAGCAAAGAGAUUGGAGAAAUUAAAACAAAUAAAUGUUCUGCGUGCCAUGUUUAAUAGCCACAAAUUGUAAAACGGUUGAGAACCUUAAGCAAUCAAGCUAGUUUUUCAAUGCCGCCCCAAGUUAAGACUGUGCUAUUAUCAGGGAUCUUUAAGGGCUCAUCUGUUACAGCAGACAUAUGGUUGAAGCCUCCAAAGCUGUUUGUUAUCUGAUUCAUUUUUUAAAUUGGAGAACACAGACAGAUGUUACUAAACCAAAUACACCUGAACACAAAGGUAAAUGCUGCCGAUCACUGUCAGACACAGAACAAAUAUGAGCCAGGAGUUUGUUAGUACAAUGAGCCUGGAGAACACAAAGAAACUAAAAGCAAAUCAAUUUUUUGAUAGCUGUUGGCUGGUUUCUUGAAAAAGCCAGCAGGGGCUUUAGCAGGUGGAUCAGGAUCCAAAGUGAUCUAAAAAGUGGGUCAGAUCACAGCCUAGUGGGGGGAAUAUGCGUUUCUAUUUAGGAGAAGCAGAGAGGCAGUGAGAGAACGCGUGAGCAGAUGGAGGGAAAGAGAAAAGCUUUAUCCUUAAUAACUGUGUAAAAUACAUUUUGAUAGUUUUGGUUUUCUCACCACUGCACCAGCCAAAAUGGCUUUGUCUACACAAAAAUAUGUGAGGGAAGAAGAGGAUCUAUAUCGGUGUGGCUAACCUCAAACCCAGACACAAAUGUACCCUCAAAGGCUCUCACCAGGCCACAACUUCCCCCCAGCCCAUUCCUUGCCUGGAUGAAAUGUGUCCUUGUUCUUUAUGGUAGCUAAGGAUUUGCUCUAACUUUGCAUUCCUCUUUAUGGCAUUAUUUGUGUGCAUGUUUACCCUUUUAGAAGGCUCUGAACUAUGGACUAUUUUUGAGCAUGUCUGUAAAUAAUAAAGCAACUUCGAGAAAUUUCCAAAAAGUUGUCAAAAAGAACAGAGAUACAAGGGUGCACUCUUAAACCGUCCUCCAUUUGUCCAGUAAGAAGAGUUGGGAAGGAUUAUGCCCUGUGUAGCCAGAGUGUGACCAGGUUACAAAAACAUUGCAUGAUGGCCUCACCAUAUCAGAAUACAGGAACAGUGACUCCUCCCCUUUCUCCCUGGAUUGAGUCCAAAGCCCAGAUAUUAACUCAACAUUCCUUCCCUAGUUGCUUCUGGGCUCUCUUAAGUGCUGUGUGCCCACUAAAAAGAAAGGAGACCACAGUGGAUCAGGUUGCCAAACCAGCUGCCCUUCCUGGGCAGUAACCACAGCCCUGAAGUUGGGGCCUCUCCAUGGUCAACAUGGUUGACAUUGACCAACAAUCCUUCCAGGCCACAUAGGCCGCAACAGCCCCAAAAUGUGACAGGCUUCCCUAGACCACAAUAGGCCAGUUACUGCAAAGACGACGAAAAGGUUGUUGAGGGACAGGACAGUCCAUUAAGCUCUGCCCCUGGAUACGAUGUGCAUCCCAACACCAGAAUCUUUCACUGCUUCCUUCCCCUUGCUAGGGAGCAGAUGCAAUGCCUCUUCCCACCCCCCAACAAGUGUGGGAAAUGGGAAGAGAGCUAUAUAAUAAAAGAAGCAACUAUAUGAAAAACAUACACUAUUCAAGUUACAGUCUUACCUUGGUUCUCGAACAUAAUCUGUUCCGGGAGUCUGUUUGACUCCCAAAACCAUUCAAAAACCACGGUGCAGCUUCUUAUUGGCCGCAGGAGCUUCCUGCAGUCAAGCAGAAGUCACGUUGGACGUUCGGCUUCUGAAAAACGUUCACAAACUGGAACACUAACUUCUGGGUUUGCGGCGUUUGGGAGCCAAAACGUACGAGUACCAAGGCAUUCGAGAACCUAGGUAUGACUGUAUACAGCAAACACAUUUUCACAUAAUUCAUAUUUCCUGUAAGCUGCAUCUGAUAGCCAUUAGUACAGCUGCCAGUUUUCAUAACCAAGAUUACUAAUGCCCAUUUCUUUUUCCAAGUAAAAUUCCUGUGACCAAAACAGGUGAUAUUUUUCUAGAAAAAAGAGGUGCUGGAACUCACCAUGAAUACUUCCCUUGUAUUUUUAUCAUGGCAAUGAGUUCUGGUGAGUUUCAGCUGAGGCAAAAAAGCCCUGCUCAGUGGACAAUGACUAACAGCAUGCAUAAAGGUUUCUCACUAUGUAAGAGUGUGAGUCUCUCUCUCUCUCUCUCUCUCUCUCUCUCUCUCUCUCUGUGUGUGUGUGUGUGUAGUUCCAGAUAAGCUCCUUCCAUCUUCCAUUAAACAAAAUGUUUGCCAGCUUCUCCCUAUCAUUUGACCCCAAUGAACAACGGACCUGCUUUCAGAUGUUGUGCUUCACACAAGCCAACACUGGAACUACAAUCAACUGUGGCUAUUGAAAACUACACGGCAGCUGUUCUGCAGGGCAAAGUCAUGGCCCUUAUCUAUUCAACUCAUUCUUUUCAUAGACUGGCGGCUCGAUAAGAUGGCUGGAGCUUCAGAUCUUGUAGUAACACUUCCUCUCCCCCAUGGGCACGGACAGAAUUAUUGUAUGGCCAACAAUAUUUUCUACUUUGACCCUGGUGUAGCACUUCCUCAGUGACCUGGUAACGGCAGCUUUCAGUGCAAACUCCAUGGUCAACACCAUUAAAAAGCAAAGUUUCAGAGCAGACGGCAACAUUCUUAAGGAAGUUGGCUUUGAAACCGGAAGAAUGAAACUGAACAUCUUUGUUAUUAUUUCAUGCGAAUAUUCAGCCUACACAUCCAGUCACUGAAUUUAGCCCAUUAAAUGGCAUUAAAGCCAAUACGUGAGUGAAGUAACACACAUUACCAUCUGAAGACCAUUAAGUCUGCUGUCUAAAACUGUUCUAUUUAGCAGUUUGGGUGUGUUUUCUUUAUAUGUACAGUGCCAACACAUGCACACAGAGGAGGAGGUUGAACAUCAAAUUAUUUAUUUCGAUAUUACAUUUCUCUCACACAAACAUUUCCCUCACACAAAAAUUUCCUCCAAGGAGCUUCAAGUUGCAUGCAGGAUCCCCAUUUUAUCCUCACAACAACUCUGUGAGGUAGAUAAGGCUGAGAGAUGGCGACCAAUCCAAGGGCACCCAGUGAACUUCACGCCCAAGACCACAUUCACACCAUACUAUGAUACCAAAUUAAACAGUCAUGCCUUCUCCCAAAGAAUCCUGGGAGCUGUAGUUUGUUAUGGGUGCUGAGAGCUGCAAGGAGACUCCAAUUUCCCCACAGAGCUACAUUUCUCACACUAUCUGCAAAGAGGGGUUGGUUGCUAACCCACCCUGAGAAUUAAAGUGGUAUGGUGUGGAAACAGCCCAAGUGAGGAUCUGAACCCCUGGUCUCCUAGAUCCUAGUACCACACCACGACACUGGCUUAUAUAUUACAUACUUUGGUGUUUUGAGAGUUCGUUUGAAUUAAUGGUACUAAAAAAGGAUGCCUUGACUACACUGAGAUCCGAACCCCUUUGGCUUUCGAAAACCUAUUCCAUCUCAUCAACAAACGUUGGGCCUGACACCUUGCUCAUUUUGUCCCUCUGCAAUUUUGCCUGUGUCUGUGCUCUCACACAGAAUAAUGACUGUGUGACCCAGAGGAACGGCUGCUUGACUGACUCCUCUUUGAAGGAAAUAACAGGUUGGGAACCUAUUUGUUCCCUCUCUAUAGUACAGGAAAAGAUAUCAAUAGAGCCCAUUUGAUAUUGUCACCCAGAUCAAAAAAGCAGCUUGCGAGGAAAUGUGGAGACAAAACAAAGCGGGUCGAUAUUCGUCCUGCACCAAACAAGGUGUGUACAGAAAAGAAUUUGGGCCUGGACUUGAAAAACUCCAACUGUCAAAGUGAACAGCACAAGUUGACGGUGCGCUUUGUGGCGCCGUCUUCACAGACAGUACCAAAUGCAUUUCUGACAACAAAGAGUUUGCAGGCACAGUGGAAAAAUCAAUAUGGCAACCCAAAAUGA